AACAUCUGCAAUGGCAAACAGAAGAAAGUCUACAAGGGCUCCCAGGGGGAGGACGGGACCGUUAUCAAGGUUCAGACGGAUCCCUCUGGUCUCUAUGUGGCCACAAGCUGCUCAGACAAAAACAUCAGCAUCUUUGAUUUCUACACUGGAGAAUGUGUGGCCACCAUGUUUGGCCAUUCUGAGAUUGUAACCGGAAUGAAGUUUACGAAUGACUGUAAAAAUCUUAUAUCUGUGUCGGGAGACAGCUGUAUCUUUGUGUGGCGACUCUGUCCUGAGUUGACAAUCAAUAUGAGACAACGGCUCUCAGACCUGAAACAGAACAGCAAAUCUGUUCAGAAAACCCCUCCAAAUAAACAACACACACUUAGCACAAGGAAAGAAAUCCACAGUGCCCCGGUCAUUGGCACCAUGUCGUCAGACAGUGACAAAGACGUGGAGGAAGAGGAGGGCAUUGAGGAGGAAGAUGAGAUGUUCCCUCACAUGUCAUCGAGCAGCAGUGGUGGCGAGGAGACAGGAUCAUCUGAAGAAAAGCGCAAUACUCUCAAUUCACACAUGAAGAAGCAAUCGAAGAGUUGUGAACAUGAAGGUUCAGGUCCACGGCCAAGACGGCGCUGGUCCAUGCGACUGGGUAGUAUGGAUCUGAAGGUGAAGUCCAUGCUGGACCUGAGGCAGCUGGAGUCUUUCGCCAAGCCUUUCUUCCCCAGCAAAACCCAAGAUGUUCAUAAAGACCUUCCACCGCAUAGGAACCAAGAACUAGGCAGCACCAUCAGUCUGCAGACUAUUGCUGCAUGGGUACCUGAAGAGAAUGAACCAGGAGGACAAACACGUCCUCUUUACAUCAGGCUGCCCCCUCAAACCCCAGAGACGGAGGUGCUGUAUCCUGAGGGAUGUGAAGAAGACCAAAUCAGUCUUGCUGGCAGUGAGUAUCAAGUGAAAAAGUUGCCCCAUGGAGUGAGAUCUGCUAAAGUGAACUCUUGUCCUGAGAAGCAGAGUCCAGACAGCGCCUGCUCAAUGGAGUAUUCCAGCAGUCAUCUCUCCAGCCCCGAACACCCUGGAGAAGACUCUGAGCCAACCGAGCCACUGAGUGUUGAUGGAAACUCAUCAGAACUGGAUAUGGAAGAUCUUGAUGAGGAAGAGGAAGACAGCCUGAGGAAGAAUGAGGUUCAGACUCCUGUACCUCAGACCCCAGACCAGGAGGCCUUUCUCAAAAGGCACUUUGCAAACCUGUCAGACCUCAACAACACUGCAAGUCCACCCAGAGUAACUCCAAAUAUCUCUGACAGCAUGUCAUCGAAGUUCCUCUCUCAGAACUCCCCAAGCAGAACUGCAUUCCCAUUCCCCUCAAACAAAAGCAGUGAUAUUAAAACCACCAGUGGAGCUGUACAGCCACUUAUCUCAGAGGUGCGGCCCCUCAUGGAGAAUAAGAGUCCAGGCAAACAGCAGGAAUCCCACGGCACUGAGAGGACAACAGGUCAGCGUUUAAUCCAGAAGAAACGCACACCCGUCAUGGAUUCCCGCAGACUGAUCAGCCCUGUCGCUAAAGCUGCCGCAAGUCACAACAGUUCUGCAGGCAUGAGGAAAGCUCAGUCUAUCCACAACAUCUCCUCAGAGGCGGACAUGGUCCAGACAUCCAGUCGUCCUUCUAAAGAAGUCCACCCACAGCCCCAGACCCCAGACCGCCCACAGAUGCAAAGACCACGGCGUUCCCUUCCCACCGUCCCACUCACCAGCCCUACAACUACCCUGCCAAGGGACAUCACCACACCUACCAAGUCCAGAUCCCGUUCCUAUAUGAGUCCUACCACUAGCUCCAUGGCCAAGAUGACUCGCUCUGUUUCCAUGGGUGACAACUUGAAUGUGGUAGAACUAGAAGACACAGGAUCUUCAGACCUUCACUGGGGCUCAAGUUCUAACUCUUCCAACCCUCAGAGCGCCUCCCAAAGCAAGCCCACCACUCCUGUUGCCCAGGUCUCAUCCCUUAAUACUUCGGCAUCCCCAUUUCCAGGCCCCUAUGCAGCAGUCAUACCCACGCUGAGUGCUGGCUCAACUGGAAACUCUUCCUCUAGAGGUCUCCAGGUCAGACUGACUGGCAGUGCUCGACCACUGCUCCAUAUAGAUAUUCCCAAUCCUCUUCCAGAUAAACCUUUGUUAUCUUCCCUCUCACCAUGCAGCAAGACCCCCAAACUUGCACAAAAGGAAAAGGAGCCCUCAAGUAGAACU